AUGACGGGAGAAGAAGAGGAAGAAGAAGACGACGCGGCCUCGGCCUGGGCCGUGGAGGAGAAUGACAGAGACGGCGGCAGUCUCUACCCCAUGUACUUCGGGGCCUCCUGUGCCUUCCUCGCCCUCCACCUCCUCUCCGCCGCGAGAUCCCCGGACAUUGGAGGCGCAAGGCGGCGCCGCUUGGGGGAGAUGCUUCUUCAGGGCAGCGCCAGUCUCCUGGGCCUUCUCCUCUGGAGAGCUCAGAGGGCGGGGGAGGAGAUGGCGGCGCUCAGGAGGACCGAGGAGGAGGUCUCCCACCUGAAGAGGCUCAGGGCAGAAGACGCGAAAGCCAACGAGAAGGUGGUGGGCAUCUUCGCCUCCCGCGAGCAGGACUGGAUCGCCGAGAAGAGAAAGCUCAGGCUCCAGAUCCAGGCCCUGAUGGCUCAAUUUCGAGUCCUCGAUGUGCAGAAGCAAGAGGCCGCCGCCAACUUCGCCGGUAAGAUCUUGGAGAAGGAGGCGGCGCUGGAGGAGGAAACCAAGAGGACGGGGGAGUUGGAGGAGAAGCUCCGGGCGGCGGAGAAGGAGGCCCACGACAGCGCCGCCGAGAUGGGCCACGCCCUGCGGCGGGUCGAGGUGGCGGUGGCGGAGCUUGCAGAGGCGCGCCGUCAGAAGGACGCCGCCGAGUCUGCGGCGGAGGCGCUGACCACGGAGAUGGCGGAGAUGAAGAGAGACGGCGAGCAGAAGGAGAAGAUCCUGUCGGCGAUGCUUCACAAGUCAAAGGCGGACGCUGCAGAGAGGCUGGCGCUGAUGAAGGAAGUAAGGGAGAAGCAGGCGGAGAUGGAGGUGGAGAGGUUGAGGAGGAGGAGGAGGGCCUCCAGGGGAUUUUCCUCCAUGAAUGUGGAGCUUUCCCGCGGAAGAACCGGCUUCCACAACAGAACCCUUCUCGUCGAUUAUUUGGAAGCUGAGAGCUCGAGGGAGAGCGGCUUCAUCAACACCGCAGCCGCCAAUGCCGAUCACCUCGAUCGGUGCUCCGGAGAGGACGGCGAUGAAGAACUAGGUUGCAUUUAUUUUUUUUCAAAGUUGGCGUAUUUUUACAAUCAUUACUCUUAAAAUUUGGUCAGCCAAAGCUGCCGAACAUUAGAUUUGAUGCUGACGAAUAAAAAAACGUCACAGACGCCAGGAACCUGCAAGAGUGGGCUCGGUCGGAGGCGGAGAAGUACGCCGCCGUCCUCCGGCGCCGGCACCGCGCGGAGCUGGAAGCCUUCGCCGAUCAGAUGCGCCUGAAAGACGAGAAACUUGAGACCUACCGGCGGCGACUGAUCGGCAUGGAGCUCGAGUCGAAGAGGCUGCAGUCCCACGUCGAGGGCCUCGACGGCGGUCUUUCCUAUUUCAGGGAAGAGUGCGUCAAGCACGAAGCCCUGCUCCUGGACAGGGAGAGGGAGAUAAGGGCCCUGAAGAACCAACUCUCCUUCCCCAUGCAGAACAACCGGAGAAGCGACCCAGAUUGUGACUCCGCCAGAUCUCCGCUUCUCCGCUGGAGAAGACGAGAGGGCCCGCCGACGCCGGAGAAGAGCCGAGGAGAAACCAUGGCUGAGCAGGGCCCCCCGGAGACCAGUGCCGGGUCUAAGAUGGAUCUCCAUGCGCUGGGAGUCUCCUACAAGAUCAAGCGGCUGAAGCAGCAGCUCCUCGCGCUGGAGAGGCUCGCGGCGGCGCAGGCUCUGAGCCAGCCCCCUGGCGGCGGCGACGACGACGGCGACGGGAAGGAGGAGCAUCCGCCGAGGGGCUUCCUCCCGGCGAUGACCCUGCUCGGCAAGCAGGUGAAGAGAUACCAGACUUUGGAAGAGAAGGCGGACGAUCUCUGCAAGAGGAUGGUAAAUCCCCGUCUUCUUCUCCGUCCUCGCCUAGGAAAAGCUUCAUCUGGUCUUAUUACCCUAAAUGGUCUAAAAGAGGAGUUGACUCCUUUCAGUAUCGAGUUGGGAGGGGCAAGGAGCGGAGGGAAGCCCUCGAGGGCUUCCUAGAGGAGGCGUUCCAUCUCCAGCGGCACGUUGUGGCGUCAGGGCAGAAGCUGGUGGGUAUACAGUCGUGGUUGACCUCCGGCCUCAUCGCCGGCGGCGGGCCGAAAAGCGCCGCCGCUGAGUUCAACCUCGCGAGGUUCGCCGCCGUCGUGAGGAUCCUCUUCAGGGAAGUGCAGGUGGGCCUGGAAGGGCUGAUAGCUCGGAUCAUUGGCAACCUGGAGGAAACUCUGGCCUACGACGCCAUCCUACACGAGAGAAGAUAA